AGCAGAAGCAGAAGAAGAAGAAGAAGACGCGCAGCGCGAGCGAGGAAAGCUGAAAACGGCCAACAUAAGUGUUCGCGUUCGUGUUCGGUUCAAUAUCGUCAGAUACAGGACACGUGUGAAGCUCUGGUCCGCUGAGAGGUUUCUGCAAGUGUCUGACAAGUGGAAGAAAACUCAAAUCUUGCACCGAUCUCAUCCCCUUCAGCCCCGUAAACCUUUAGCUCUGAUGGCUGAAUCAGAGCCCGUGCCUCUCCCCGUCCAGGCUGGAGAGAAGAGAGGUUGUUCAGAGGAUAAAAAAGAAGAUGAUACACCAACCAAAAAGCCAAAAAUUGAGAGUGAUCAGGAAAAUGGAGGCGCUCCUAACCAAAAUGAGGAGGCAAGUGAUGAAGAAGAGGAUGGAGAAACCUUUGCGGAAAUGAUGAAGCAUGGUCUGACUGAGAUGGAUGUGGGCAUCCUGAAAUACGUUAGUGACCAUGAGGGCUUUUCAGGAAUCUUGAAAGAAAGGUAUUCUGAUUUUGUUGUUCAUGAAAUCAACAAACAAGGCAAGAUAGUUCAUUUAGAUGACCUCUCUAUACCAGCAGACGAGCAGGAAGUCCCAAUGACAGAAGAGCUGACAAAGGAAAGUGAUGUUCUUACUGAAGAGCAAAAAAAGCAGCUUGGUGAGCUGCAGCUUUUCAGCAAUAAAGAAGGAAGUGUUUCCAUCGAGAUAAUGGAUGAUACAAAGGAAAAACGGACGCAAGUCCACAAAGCCAUCAAGACUCGGUUUCCUGGUCUGGAAACCAAAACUGAAGAAAAAGAAGGACGCAAGUUUAUAGUUGCUUACCACGCUGCUGGAAAGACGGCUUUAGCAGAAGUCAAAACAACUGCAGCCCCAAGAAAACACUUUUGGCCCCAAAACCGGGGCAGUUUCUGCCACUUUGCCCUGUACAAAGAAAACAAAGACACCAUGGAUGCAAUCAACGUGCUUUCAAAGUUCCUCAGGCUUAGACCCAACAUGUUCUCCUAUAUGGGAACCAAGGACAAGCGAGCCAUCACUGUGCAGGAGAUUGCAGUACUUAAGAUCUCAGCAGAGAGGCUGGCUCACCUCAACAAGUGCCUCAUGAAUCUAAAGCUUGGAAACUUCUGUUACAAAAAUCACCCUCUAAAGCUCGGCGAGCUGCAGGGAAACCACUUCACUGUGGUCAUCAGGAACAUCUCAGGGAGCGAUGAGCAGAUUCAUCAGGCUAUGACGUCCCUCAGGCAGACGGGCUUUAUCAAUUACUAUGGAAUGCAGCGCUUCGGCACCACAGCUGUGCCCACACAACAAGUUGGCAGAGCUAUUCUGAAAAAUGACUGGAACGAGGUGGUGGAUUUGAUUCUUAAACCUCGUCCUGGAGCAGAGAAAGAAUUUCUGGUCCGCUGCAGGGAGGAGUGGGCAAAGACUCGAGACCCAGAAGCUGCGCUGAAAAAGUUACCCAACAAGCGCUGCGUGGAGGGACAGCUGCUUCGAGGUCUGUCCAUGUAUGGCAAGAAAAACAUCGUCACUGCCUUUGGACUGAUCCCCCGGAACAAUCGACUGAUGUACAUCCACAGCUACCAGAGUGUGGUGUGGAACACCAUGGUCAGCCGCAGGAUCGAAGCGUUCGGCCUAAAGGCUGUGGAGGGAGAUCUGGUUCUCAGAGGAACUGCAGCACAUGUGCUGUCUGCAGAGGAGGCUGAGAGUCACUCCAUACACGACCUUGUGAUGCCACUUCCUGGAUUUGAUGUCAUUUACCCUUCCCAUCACAUCGGUGCAGGUUAUAGAGAGCUGCUGUCUGCAGACGGGCUGGACAUCGACAACAUGAGACACAAAGUGAAGGACUACUCUCUGGCUGGAGCCUACAGACGCAUCAUCAUCAGACCCACUGACGUCACCUGGGAAGUGAUUUGCUAUGAUGACCCCAGGAUCUCUCUGGUGCACAGUGAUUUUGAAAAACUGGAGAACAAAUCUCCCCCAGUCAUCAACAAAGAGGGGAAGUAUCGGGCUCUGAAGAUGGAGUUCUCCCUGCCUCCUUCAACCUACGCUACCAUGGCAAUCAGAGAGGUCCUCAAGUUGGACACAAGCAUCAAGAAACAGACGCAGCUCAACACCGUCUGGUUUAACUGAGACCAGAACGUCCUGAAGCACUAACUAGACUCGUCACAGUGUCUGUGAGGCCCCAUUGUGUAUGUAUCUUCUGCAUAGUGCAAGAAUCUGUGAAGGACAUAAACAAAAAUGCCUAAAUGGAUCUUAAGACUGUUUCUUUGGAGUACAAAGAUCAACACAUAACUAAUAUUCAACUUGUUUUCUAAUGGUGUUUUUACUUUGAAAGGUUUGUGCACUGCAGUGAGUCAUAACUUCACAGUGGUAAUUUAAGUAAAGCUUGUUCUUUCAAGCUGGUCAUUUGUACAGAAAUAAGUUUUAUUUUAU